AUGAUUCGGUUGUGUGUUACAUUCAAAAGAGUAGUUGAUGGCGAUAGGAGUAAAGUCCAGUUCGAUCUGAAUAAGUUGCCAGUUGAUAGUAGCGAUGGUUGUAAUGUGGAAGUUGAUGUGGGAAAAUCAGUAGGUAUUAUUUCAAGGAAUUCACCUAAGCCGACUAAUGAUGUAUUAGAAAAGCCUACUGAUGCUAAUCUUGGUGAUGCUGCUGGUUUAAAGUUGGAAGAUUCAAUGGUAAAAAAUGGUGAAUAUUUCAGCAGUAAGGAAGCUUUACAGGCUACUAUGGAAAUGACUCCAUCUGCAAGAACAAUUGGACAUCUCAUUAAGCAAAGCUAUGAGGGCGUGAAGGAAGGUCCUAAACCGAAUGAUAUAGUUAAUAUUAUUCGUUCAAGGUACGGCUGCGAGCUAACAUAUCACCAAGCUUGGGAGUCUCGGGAGUAUGCAGUUAACGAAGUUAGAGGAAUUCCUGAGAAAAGUUAUGCUAAGAUUCUAAAAUACUUGCACAUGCUACAAGAAGCGAAUCCUGGUACGUUCACGAAUUAUGAAAUUGACUUUGAUGGAAGAUUUAAAUAUCUAUUUAUUUCUUUUGGUCAAUCAACAAGAGGGUUCUACAAGUCAAUGCGGAAAGUGAUAGUAGUUGAUGGUACAUUUUUGAAGAAUAAAUACAAAGGGGUUCUCCUAGUUGCUACAGCUGUAGAUGGUAACUCCAAUUUGUAUCCAAUCGCAUUUGGAAUUGCUGAUUCUGAGAAUGAUUAUAGACAUACAUCGAUUGCUAAAUCAAUUGGAAACAUCUAUCCAUUGGCUAAACAUGGUAUUUGCAUCCACCACUUGCUUAGCAAUGUGAUAACAUAUCAUAAGGGAAGAGGUGUCGCUGAGGAAGCCGAUGUGACAAAAUGGGCUCGCUGUCAUUUUCCGGGUUAUAGGUAUGAUAUUAACACCAACAAUGCAGCUGAAUCAAUUAAUGCUGCUUUGAGGACACCCAGAGAGUAUCCAAUAAUUCCUUUGUUAGACAGCAUCAGAGAAAUGAUGACACGCUGGUUUUAUGAGAGUAGAGAGUUAAGUGCAAAGCAUAAAGAUCCUUUAACUGUUGAGGUGGAGAAAAAGAUUUCAAGAAGAAUAGAGAAAGGUAAAUUCAUGAACGGUUAUUUGAUGAGCAGAUCGCAGAUCCAGGUUAAAGGUAAUGGAGUAGACUACAUUGUUGACUUAGAAAGAAGGACUUGUUCAUGUGGAAAGUUCAGCAUCCAAAAACUCCCUUGUAGACAUGCUAUAAAAGGAGCUUUUGAUAUAGGCAAGGAUCUAUAUCCUUAUGCUGAUGAUGUGUAUACCACUACUGCAUGGAGAUCGCAAUAUGAGGAAACUGUUAAUCCAAUAGGUGUUCCUGAAGAAGAAUGGCGAGUCCCACAGUAUGUUGAAGAUGCAAAAGGUCAAAGAGACAUAAGUGUGCGCGGUGUGGCAAAGAAGGGCAUAACAGAACGACCUAUGAUAUCGUGA